AUGCAGAGAAAAACUUUCAUUAUGUUGUUAACUGUGGUCAUACAGUUAUGAAAAAUCACUGUUAUUGGCCUCUAGUCAGUGAUUUAAAUAAUGUACUUACCCAUCGUCCAGUGGCACUUGAAUUUUUGAGUGAUCCAGGAUUGUUAGAUAUGUGGCUUUCACUUCUUUGUAUGUUUCAAGGCAUGAAUGUUAAUCAAAGAGAAUUAUCGCAACAUGUAGAAUUUGAGCCAAAUACGUAUUAUGCUGCUUUUUCUGCUGAAUUAGAGGGAUCAGCUACUCCCAUGUGGGCUUUGAUAUCUCAUUUAAAAUCUCCUGAACAACUUGGAUUGACAAAACAAGUAAUUUCUCAUUGUUUAAUAGCCUUAGAAGAUUGGUUUGAUGCUAUUGGUUUUUCUACUUCUGAUAAAGUAAGUUAUCUGUUAUAUUUGGUAGCAUUUCAUGAAAUAUUAAGUAAUAUGUGGGUACGUAAUGGAUUACAAAUCAAAGGACAAGCAAUGACUUACAUUCAGUGCCAUUUCUGUAAUUCAAUGGUAGAUGCAGAUAUAGUUUUGCUACAGAUAUGUGCUACUCAUUUAGAUCCUGAUUGGUUUUUGAAAACAGUAAUGCAAAGAUUUCAUGUAUGGGAAUGGCUUUCCUUUCAUCCAUCUAGAACUAAUACUUUCCUAGAUGCUGAACAAGUAAUGCCUAUGUUAGAAGGAGCAUUAACACUUCUAACUAUGUUGAUGUCAAUUCGGACAAAUAUUGGAAUGAGUGAAGAAGAAGUUACAAGGCAAGAAAUGGUUUCAUUAUUAUGUAUGAGUGAUAGGACUCACUCUCAACUUAUGGAUCUCUUGCCAGAAAAUUCUGGCAUGACAUCACAAAAUAGAGAUUUUGAGAGUAUAUUAAAUAAGGUUGCUGAUUAUAAGGCACCAAAUUUUGAAGCAGGAGGCACAAUGCUUCAAGGAAUGUAUAUGCCGAAGCCUGAAAUAUGGAAAAAUGAAUAUGACCCUAUACAUGUUUUGCUUAGAGCUGUACAUAGAAGAGAUUACCAGUCAUCUUUGGAUAGAUAUUCACAAUUUGCUCGACAAAAUGGAAAGUAUGUUUCCCUUGAAUCUCCCUGGCCUCCAUUUAGAAUACCAUCAAAUACUCAUAAAGAAUUUUUAGAUCCUGUUAAGUUCUUACAAUCAAAAACAAUGCAUGCCAUUAUUUUUACUAUUCUUUAUAGAGCAUGUCAUGAUCCUGAUAUUCCAGAUCAAGUUAUUGCUCUAACAGUAUAUCUUUUAGAAGCAGCAAUUCAUUUUUCAUCUCCAGUUUAUUCUAAAAAAGAAUCACUGUCGUCAUUAAUACAAAUGCAUGAAGAAGUACCUGAUUUAAAUUAUAAAGAAUGGUUUCCAUACAACUGUAUUAUUGAUAACAUUGCACUAAAUAUACAGUCGGUGAUAGCUGCAGAUAAACCCGAACUUUCAGUGAGAAUAGUGGAAGUAAUGGAAGUGGAUGAAGAUGAAGAAGAAAUUAUGGAAUUAACAGAUGAAAAUGCAACGUAUCAUGUACAGAGUCCCAUCAAUGAAGAAGAAGGUGGAGAAAAUAUUAUUCAACAUCCACAACUUCCAUCUAGUAAUGUACCAUUAGCACUGCCUCCAUCAUCAGUUCCAGGUACUCUUGUACCAGUUUCAAAUAAUGCUACAACAAGCAACACAGUUAUGUUAAGAACAACAGUGCCUGUAACAGCACAGAUGAUGAUUGCACCAGCACUGCCAUCCAUAACUAGUGAAACUAAUAAUGAUAGCAUGGCCAUAGUACCAACAGCAAUAAGGCCACAGUGCAUCAAACUCAAGCGGUUUUUUGGUAGAAGUAAUGGUCUGAACAGUCAAGGAAGUUCUGAUCAUCAAAAUUAUCCCGAUGGUUCAUUAAAAGCCUUGCCAUCAGCUGGAUAUAAUAAGAUAGAAGUGAAUGAGAGUAUUUUAUCUUUGUUGCUCAAAUUACAUUCAAAAUUAUCCCGAAAAUCUGAUUCUUAUAUACCUCUAUCUAAAAGGACUGCAAAUAUGAUAGAUCCUAAUGAAAAAGAAUCUCGGAUAGGAGAUGGUCCAUUCUUUAUAGGUAAAGUUUUAGAUAGACUUACUGAAUUAAACUCUCAAAUAGAAACAAAUAUCCAACAAAUAUGUCAGAGACUUUGGCCAAAGAAAGAAAAACUUGAAGAUCCUAGUAAAUCACCAAAAGAAAUACAAGAUAAAGAAGAUAGGCGUAGAAGAGCAAAAGAAAGGCAACAGAAACUUAUGGCUGAAUUUGCUUCACGCCAGAAAGCAUUUAUGCAAAAAACAAUGGAAACAGAAUCUGAAGCUGCAAACUCUAAAGAAAAAGAAAAACAAGAAACAAUUUUAACUAUUGAAAGAGAAUAUGAAUGUGUAAUAUGUGGGCAAACAACACCAUCUGAAGAGGAACGACCUGUUGGAAUGGUUGUGUUGUUACAAGCUACCAGUGUGUUAGGACAUAUGCAACAGGAAGAUAUUAUGUUACGUAAUUUACCUUGUAAUGAUGAAGAAAGACUCCAGUUAAAAAAAGAAGGAAGUUUAGCCCUGUACAUGGAACAGUUAAUUGAAGAAUUUAACAAACAUUUUGAUAAUACUUUAUGGCAAAUGUCAUUAAAUAUUGGAUGGGAAGGAGGCGUUCAUGUCCAAUCUUGUGGUCAUUAUUUACACUUAGAUUGCCAUAAAUCAUACAUGCAAUCUCUUAAGUCUCAGAGCCAGCAAACUCAGAGGCAUCAGAAUCUAGCUGUUGACAGAGGAGAAUAUUCCUGUCCUUUAUGUCGUCAGCUUGCCAAUUCAGUUCUUCCCAUAAAUCCACAGAUGGGAGAGAUGGCUGCAGUAGUACGAUGUUACCCAAAUACUUUAAAGGCAGUGGCAGCAGAGUUGUCACAAGUGUUAUCAGUUAUACCUACACCUAUACCCAGUAUCUUGAAAUCAAUGGCUGGUAUACUAGAAGAUCUUUCUAAUAGUACUUAUCCCCAAUUUCGUUCAGUUGGUUCAGCACCUAAUCCUCAAUAUUUGUUGUUAUUUGUAUGUUCUAUAGCUAGAACAAAUUUAGAAAUCGAAUUACUACAAAGGGUUGGGAAUUUUUCUUCUCUUGCCAUUAAAAAGUCCUGUUUUGUACCUUUAUUUCAUGUAUUGGCUCUCUACACAAAAGUCCUUGUGCAAACACCUUAUGCACAACUUUGGUCACAGUUAACUGGAAUGUCAUUAGAUGGCCAAAAUUCAAGUUUAGCUCAUAUAGAAAGAGAAGUUCCAUUAUUCCUCAGAGAUGUUGUUGCUUUAUUAUUACAAAUUACAUUAACCCUUCCUUUAAAUUUAGAUAAAGGUAAGAGUUCACUUAAAAUAAUAAUUAUUUAAAUUCAUUCAGAAUAAUGGCUUUAGAAAUUUGAGCUUUUAAAAAUAGUCAUAAUAUACGCAAAUAUACACCUUACCCACAUAAGGUGAGUCUGUCGGAUUCUUUUCAACAUAUUAAUCUUCAUAUGUCUUGUUUGAUUUAAGAUUACUAUUUGAUGCUUCAUGUAUUUGUCAGUUUAUAUUUACAAAACUUUAUUCUAGAAUAAUAAUGCAUUUUGUGUACAUUGACCUAAAAUAUUAUAAAU